AUGGAUCACCCUUUGCCCAGUAACGGGACCGCUGUCGCCUUACUCAAUUGGCUCCUUGUCUGUGAAACUACGCCAUCCUCGAACACCUGUACUUCCAGCACAUACAUUGUCGCUGAGACGGUUGUUCCACUUGAAUUGCCCGAACUCUCAGCACCAUUAUGUCGCCUUAACGUCCCCAACAUCGACACAGACACUCGCGUUAUUCGUCUUCGUUUGGACCAGUUGGGUAGCAUUCACCAACUCCCAUCACAAUGCCCGAAUUUGACCUUUUGUUAUGAUGUGAGGGGAUUUCACCCCGAAAACCACAGCUCCUCCAUCAAACUACGUCUCACUGGACCAGUCGCUCUAUGUUGGUAUUAUGCGUUUCGCUUAGACUCCGUCUAUCGUCUGACCACAGCCGAACUCGGCCUUGAUUUGCAUCAGCUGUUUCUAGCCGAACGGGAGGAGAGCGGCACAGAUUCUUUACACUGUGAUCAUUUACUCAGCAUGAAUCAUGUCACCACUUUGCUUCGUUUGGCCCCAUGUCUGCCAAACGCUGACCAAUUCGAGUCGAUCAAUUUUAAAGCCCUUCUUUUUCACAAAUCCUACUCUUCCGAUGGUCUGUCCCUAUGGUUGACAUCACAUGACCUCACCUCAUUAACGUCGGAUCGCGAUGCGGCAAACUUGACGGAAAUUGUUCGACUCUGCCUGCCUGCAACCAAUUCUUCAGCGUACAGUAGUCCCCUUUGUAUCGGCCCCGGUGCCAUUGUUCGAGCAUACAAUGUUCACCUCCUACGAAGAGGUGGCUUUUCCAGCGGUCGUAUCACACUGGCUGCUUCGGCCCUCUCGCGAUUGGACUUCUCUCCGCCCUCCCAUACAGCUUAUUCUCCUACCAUCGGACCGCUUCAUGCCGAAUGCAGGAAAUGUACGUCUCUGAAGAACCGAUUGGGACACCGUGCGUUGGAUCCACCAACUUUGCUAGCCAUGGUGUCCGAGCAUUCUGUCGAUGCAUUCGGCAAGGGUAUUCGUAUCCGUGGUCACAUUACAAAAUGUUUGGAAUUCUUCGUGUGCAGAGUUAACCGAGAUUCCGUUCACAGGCCAUGCGCUACGGCUCCUUCUGAACUUGUUUUUUCAAUUCGCUUUAUCGUCACCGAUGGCAGUGGUGGUGCCUUGGUUCAGUUGGGCCCGAAAAUACCCCCUCUUCGUUGCAAUCCCGCCGAUCUCUACUCGGACUCCGCCGGGCAGUCCAACGAACAUGCACGAUUGUUGUUUGGAUUGAAUCCGACCUCUUGGGACCGCCUUCUCACACAAAUUGCAGGGUUUGUCACAUAUCCUGAUUACCAAUUUGCUGUGCGCUUCGAGGAGACUGGGACCUCGGAUAGUCCGACUUUGGCGUCUGCUCUCCGAGUGUUUCUAACCUCUCCUGCAUUUCUUCGCCCACAUCUAUUACAUCUGCGUAGAUUACCAGCACCCGGUAAAUCUGUCCCUCGUUGGCGUUUAAGGGACCUGCGUCUUACUAGCUCGGAUGACACGUCCGCCCAGUCGAGCCGAACAGAGACGCUGAGCAUCGUUCUUCCCCCACUUCAACUGUGCGCACUUUUGGCUGUUGAGCCUUUUGAUGCAUGA